AUGCCAUCGCGAUUCCCGCAUCCCCUCUGCCGUCACCCACCUACACGCAUCCCCUCUGCCAUCACCCACCUACACGCAUCCCCUCUGCCAUCACCCACCUACACGCAUCCCCUCUGCCAUCACCCACCUACACGCAUCCCCUCUGCCAUCACCCACCUACACGCAUCCCCUCUGCCAUCACCCACCUACACGCAUCCCCUCUGCCAUCACCCACCUACACGCAUCCUUCCAGCCCCCAAACCACACACCCCCCCUCUCUCCCCCUUCCCCCAAUGCGCACCUGCACGCCGUGCGUGCGGCAGCAGUUGCACCAGGCCACGGGAGGCAGCGUCACCAGGUGGCGUCACCCACGCGUCCACCGCGUCCCACUUCCACGCGCGUUACACCGAGUUGCACGCGCUCCCCUGCGCGCGCACACCCUCCACGUACCCCUCCUUCAUCUCGCGGCUGCCAACACCCGCUGCCGUCGCCGCGAAAGCCCCCCGGGCGCGCUGCGCGCGCGGAAGGGCGCGGUGGCUCGGUCGUAGAUUCCGCCCGUGGCGAGACUGCCGGGGCGCCAUUGGAGCAGCUGGUCGAGGGACAGCCGAUACCUCUACCACCGGACACGGGCCUUCACGUAGCGAGCACGAGCACCCACCGGAACCUAGAAGCAGCGAGAGGGGCAUGGCUGGUGCGCGCGAGGAGGCGUGCGCGGCAGGGAAGGCAGCUACGAGGGCGCUGCAAACGCGGGAAGUGGCGUCCGUGCGGGAGGAGGCUGCAGCGGAGCAGAGCCUCGCGGACGAGGUGGCAGCGCUGCGGCGGGAAGUGGGGUCGAUGCGGGAGGUGGAGGCACAGAAGCACAGCGUGGCGGACGACGUGGAGGCGCUGCAGUGGGAAGUGGCGUCCUUGCGGGAGGCAGCAGCAGCGAAGCAAAGCCUGGCGGACGAGGUGGCAGUGCUGCGGCAGCAAGUAUUCCGGGUGUGGGAGUUGGCGUUCGUGCAGAGGAGGGACGUGCAGCGGGUGAGGGGCGAGGUGGAGGAGAUGAAGAGAGAGCUGGCGGCGGUGAAGGGAGUGAUUGGCAGCGAGGAGGACGAGAGCCGCGAGAUGUGGCACAAGAUCCUGGCAGCAUCGCAGGAGGCAGAGCUAGAGCUAUGCGGGGAGGCAUCGCUGACAGAUGCAGUGCUGGCACACGUGGCCGGCAUGACCCGCCUCUCCACCCUCGACCUCUCCAACUCCUCCGGCUUCACCACCCAGGGCCUGCAGCACCUCUACGCCCUGCCCAGCCUCACCACCCUUGUUCUCUGCGGCACACCAGCGGGUUGGGAAGGCGACGAAACAGUGUCUCUGGAGGGCAUUGGCGCAGCCAGCCAGCUUCACACACUCAAGCUGGACCAUACAAGCGUGGACGACUCUGAUCUGGAGCCCCUCACUGCGCUCACCUCACUCACAACCCUUUCCCUGGAAAACUGCCACAACCUCACCCCGGCUCUCCUGGCCCAUGUGGGCCGGCUGACUGGGCUGGAGGAAUUAUCCCUCAGUGGCUGUGCCAUGGGGGACGAAGUGCUGCCGCAGCUGACCUGCCUGCCGCGCCUCUCCUCGCUCACCGCGCCUCCCGGGGUCACAGAUGCCGGCCUGCAGCACCUGGCCGCGCUGCCGGCGCUGCGGAGGCUGUCGCUGUGUGGCUGCCAGGACGUCACCUCUGCUGGCAUGCUGUAUGUGGGACGCCUCACCAGCCUGCAGGGCCUCUUUCUCCCCGACACCCUUGUGACAGACCAAGGGCUGCAGCACCUCACCUCGCUCACCAACCUCCUGUCGCUCAUACUGCCCUCUGGGUUACAAUCGCUGCCUCACGCCAUCGCAGCGCCGAAGCUGCCUCGUCGGCGCAACGCGCAACCACACGCGUCGCCUCAGCCCGCCGCACACUGGCAGGGGACUGUCGACGGGUCGCGUCGGGCCCGCUGCACUGCCGAACCUCCAGUCGCCGCGCGGCUUCGAGGCGUCUCGUUUGUUACGAGAGCUCGGGUUAGGCUCAUAGCCCUUCACGUGAGCACGAGCACCCAUCGGGACCUAGAAGCAGCGAGCGGGAGGGGCAUGGCAGCAAUGGGGAAGCGUGCGCGCGAGGAGGCGUGCGCAGCGGGCGAGGCAGCAAUGAAGGCGCUGCAGGAAGUGAGGAGUGAGCUGGCAGCGCUGCAGCGGGAAGUCGCAGCCGUGCGGGAGGAGGCGUUCGUGCAGAGGAGGGACGUGCAGCGGGUGAGGGGCGAGGUGGAGGAGAUGAAGAGAGAGCUGGCGGCGGUGAAGGGGGUGAUUGGCAGCGAGGAGGGCGAGAGCCGCGAGAUGUGGCACAAGAUCCUGGCAGCAUCGCAGGAAGCGGAGCUAGAGCUGUGCGGGGAGGCAUCGCUGACAGACGCAGUGCUGGCACAAGUGGCCGGCAUGACCCGCCUCUCCACCCUCGACCUCUCCAACUCCUCCGGCUUCACCACCCAGGGCCUUCACCACCUCUACGCCCUGCCCAGCCUCACCACCCUUGUUCUCUGCGGCACACCAGUGGGCGGGGGGGGCGACGAGGCAGUAUCUCUCGACGGCAUUGGCGCAGCGAGCAGUCUCGAGACGCUUGUAUUGGACAACACGAGUGUGCGCGACGGCGAUCUGGAGCCCCUCACUGCGCUCACCUCACUCACUAACCUCUCCCUGGGCAACUGCCACAACCUCACCCCGGCUCUCCUGGUCCAUGUGGGCCGGCUGACUGGACUGGAAGAUCUAUCUUUGAGCGGUUGUGACAUGGGAGAUGAUGUGCUGCCACAGCUGACCUGCCUGCCGCGCCUCUCCAUGCUCGCCAUUCCCCAUGGGGUCACAGAUGCUGGCCUGCAGCACUUAGCCGCACUACCGGCGCUGCUGCAGCUGUCGCUGUGUGGCUGCCAGGACGUCACCUCUGCUGGCAUGCUGCAUGUGGGGCGCCUCACCAGUCUGCGAGGGCUCUCUCUCCCCGACACCCGCGUGACAAACGAAGGCCUGCAGCACCUCACCUCACUCACCGACCUUGUGUCACUCGUGUUGCCGCCUGGGACCCAUCUCGUGCUUCCUCUACUCCCCCUGCUGCUGCUCACCUGCUACUGCCCGCGCUGCACGCUGGUGGCGGCGCGCCGAAUACAAACAGCAGACUUCAAGGUGUUAUCGGCGGUGCUGGCGGCGUGGGGCCCCUUUGAGGACGGCAAGUCGUGGUCGCCCAACAGCGACUGCUCCACGGUGCAGGGCGUCACAUGCGAUCCCGAUGGCUACGUUGUCUCCCUGGCCACGUCGGGCAAUGCAUUUUGGAAGCCCAUUCCGGACGUUGUCAGUGGGCUGCAGCACCUCACUUACCUGGCCAUCACGUCGAGUCAUCUGGUGGGGUCGCUGCCAACAGCCAUCUUCAACCUGCCACUGCUGCGCGGCAUCAAGCUGACAGUGAAUCAUCUCAACGGCUCCAUACCGGAUGACAUCAGCAAGCUCACAGCCCUCACCUACCUGUACCUGGCACAGAACCGCCUGACUGGGUCGCUGCCCGAGUCUCUGUCGCACCUCACCCAGCUCGUCUCAGUGAACCUUGGCGUGAACGGGUUCACGGGGAGCAUCCCGUCGGCCUUGAGCACCAUGUCAAACCUCGACCUCCUCAACCUGCACAAUAACUACUUUGAAGGCGCCAUUCCUGAUUGGCUCUCCACAAUCCCAAGCCUGAUGAGCAUCGACAUGCAGCAAAAUGCAUUGAACGGCACCAUUCCUGCCUCUCUCAGUCGCAUGACGCAACUCACCAAGCUCAGCCUAGCGGUGAACUUCAUUGAAGGGUCGAUUCCGGGAGAACUAGGCAACCUGCUGAACUUGCAGACGCUCAUUCUUGAGACCAACUAUCUGAGCGGCACCAUCCCCGCCUCUCUGGGGGCUCUCACGAAUCUCCUUGACUUGGAGCUGGCAUGGACAGACAUCACUGGAACCCUGCCCUCCUCUAUUGGGACCCUGACUCGCCUUAACAUCUUGUACCUGGAGGGCAUGGAGCUCACAGGCACGGUCCCCCGAUCAUUCUCCAACCUUCAGAACCUCGGUUUUUUCUACCUGAACAGGAACCACCUCUCUGGCGAUGUGUACGGCAUCACAAGCAACAUGACCAGGCUGGUCACGCUCGACGUGUCAAGCAACCAGUUCACGGGGCGGCUGCCAUUGCCCCCAUCGCCCUAUCUGCAGUUCUACUACGCCCACCGCAACUACUUCUCCUAUGGUGCCGUCAUACCCCCCAAGGCCAACCGCACCUUCUUUGGCAACGCGUUUGAGAACUGCCUGCUCAACGCGUCCCGGAUUCCUGGAGACUACCCCGAGCAGAGGAGUGCAGAGGAGUGUGCUGCGUUUUGCGGGCUUGCUGCUGGGGACACCAGGCCCCUGUGCAGCGGGCACGGCGUGUGCUCCUUCAAUGCGACUGUGCAGGAAUCAGCGUGCACCUGCGAUAGCAACUUUGACAACCAGGCGGGGCCCCACUCAUGCUCGUACAGCGUCCUCCCUUCAACCGAGUCAUCACAGACAACACCAGUGGCCGUGGCAGGAGCAGCAGCGCAGCUGUUCAACGGCACCAUCAUCCUCACGCCGCCCACCAGCAACACCUCAGGAGCAGCGGCAGUGCAGGCGCCCAUCCGCCUCUUCCAUUUCAUCGACAGCCCUGGCCCCUGCGGCACGCCCUUUGCCUUCAACGCCUCAUUCAGUUUCGCCAUGAAGCCUGCAGCAGCCCAGGACAUGGGGGGCGAUGGGGUGGCGUUUGUUGUCAGUGCGGCCGCACCGCAGGGCGCUGGUGCAGCGGGGGUGGGGCUGGGAGGGGUGGGGAAGCGGAGUGUGGCGGUGGAGUUUGACUCGAUGCUGAGUGUGAAGCACAGCGACCCCAACGACAACCACGUGGGCGUCAAUGUGGGCGGCUCACCUGUGUCUCUCGCCUCUGCCACGGCCCCUCUCAUCCUCAACGACGCCCACACCAAGCACGCCUGGAUCCACUACGACCCCACCAGCGGCGGCACCCUCCGAGUCUUCCUCUCCUCCGACCCCGACCAGCCCCCCACCCCCAUCUUGCGCGCUCGAGUGUCGCUCUGCUCCAUCCUGCAGCCCACUGCAGCAGAGACCAACUUCUUCUUUGGCUUUGCCGCCUCGACAACGGAUAAGGACCAAGAGAAUGUCAUCUUGAAGUGGGAGGUCGUGACAGGUUUGCCUCCUCGACUUCCUCCCAACCCGCAAGACCUGGCGUUGGGGUUUGUGUUGGACGAGGACUCCUACUCACCACAGGGCUUCAACUCCUUCUUCCACUAUGCCAGCUCGGGAUUCGAGCCCGCACAGGAGAACAGCCCCUCCUGGAAUGUCAAGUCGUACUCCAUCUGGCGCUUAUCUGAGUCCAUCUGGCCUGUCAAGAACCAAAGGGGCUGCGCGGACUCAUGGGCAUACGCAGUGGUGGCAGCGGUGGAGGCAGCCUACAGCAUCGCCAGCAACUGGACUCAGCCGCCCAUCCUCUCAGUGGAGCAUCUGCGCCUCGCCCUCUCCUCCAACUGCGACGGUGGCUCGCCCACCAAGGCGCUGCAGUUCCUCCUCAACGCCAGUGCACAGGGCAAGGGGCUGCUGGAGGAGACCACAUAUGCUGCUUCCACCAAGGCAAUACGCUCUCUCGGACGCAAAGCAGCUGCAAAGCCCGUCAUCAAGUACUACGGCAUCCGGGGCAUCGAGCGCACGGGGUUCUACGGGUGGUUUGGGCUCAUGCUGGCAGUGCAGCGCCAGCCUGUCAUUGUGCACAUCGAGGCGUCCGCACCCUCCUUCCAAGACUACGAUGGGAGCGACGUGUACGCUGACGAGGGUUGCUUCACGGAGCAUCUGAACCACGUGGUGCUCGUGGUGGGCUAUCUCGUGGCUGGCACCGAAUCUGCAAAGCCCGACCUGCCGCCGCCCUUCUGGAUCAUCCGCAACUCAUGGGGCUCAGGGUGGGGCGACCAGGGCCACAUGCGCAUGGACAUUCGCAGUGGCGACGGCAUCUGCGGCAUCAACACUCUCCCGGGUCUCGUCCCAAUCGUGAGAAAUCCUGCCGACCCCUGUGGGCAGCAAUCCUACAAGCACGGCGAUCUAAACCCCGUAUUCAACCCGUGUGGCCAGUUCAGCUGCAUCAAGAAGAAAACCAGCAAUCGCUGCACCUGCUCCGAUGCCCGCUUCGCUGAAGUCAAGAACACCGAUGGGUCGUACACCUGUGCCUAUGUGGACGUGUGUGGGUCCAGCAGUCGCAACCCGUGUGUGGUGGGCACGUGUGUGAACGAUGGCAAGGGCAGCUACUCCUGUGUGUGUCCCAGGGGCUUCAUCCAAGGCACCAUGAUCGGUGGAGGCUUCUCCUGCACUCCUGGUCAGACGCAGGGCACGUACACGGUGGUAGCAGGCAACGUCAUGUGCUCGCACAUCUCAGCUGUCUUCAGCAUGCCAACUGCAGACCUUUUGAAGCAGGGAGUGUCAUGCGCCAAGCCUCUGCCCAUCGGCAAGACGCUCUCAGUGGUGUUCAACAUCAAGGACUGCAGUGUCUUCUACAGCACCAAUGCUGUACGUGGCUCUCUCUCUGCUCUGCUCCCCUCUUGUAACUCUCUCACUGCUGCCUACCCGGGUGACACGUGCACGGGGGUGGCGCGGCAGGUGGAGCUGUGUGGGGUGGCGGCGUCGGAUGCGGCGUGUGAGGCAGCAUUUCAGGCGCUCAACCCCGCUGUCAACUGCUCCUCCCUCAGGCCCUCCCAGGCCGUGUGCAUCGAGAGGGACCCCGCCAAGGCCAACCGCAUUCCGGUGUGUGCGCAGUACUACAGGCCGCGGGCAAACGACACGUGUGAGAGCAUUAUGGACUCGGCGGCCCCUCCUCUGGGCGCCAUGGAGCUGUACCGCCUCAACCCUGGCAUCAACUGCAACCAGCUCAUCCCAGCAAAGGACCACAGCUUCCAAUGGCCCCUUGAGCGUGAGAUUUGCACCAAGAGUGCAACGUCAUUUGCGAUUGGGAGCUGUCCAACAGACAACCAGUACUACUUUAUGCCCACUGACACCUGCACUAGUGUCCACGUCCAGCAUUUCCAUGGCAUCAAUGGGUGCUACCGGAAAAUCAAUGGGUACGAAUGUGUAGACAAGAUGACACCAGGAACAAAGGUCUGCCUGCCGAACUACAAUAGUGCUCGGAUUGGAGAAUGUGUAUAUUGA